AUGCCUGAGUGUGGUUCAAUUGUGGACGGGGUCGUGCGAUACCCUCCUUCUGGGAUCAAUGUUAUCAUUGUUGGCGCAGGCCUGGGAGGCUUGCAGGCAGCCGUUGAGUGUUGGAGGAAGGGUCAUGAGGUUCGAAUUCUUGAGAAGGGGGGGGCGAUUUCCGAGGCCGGUGAUGUUAUCAGACUCGGGCCUAACAGCUAUGCCACCUUGAAGGAGUAUCCUAAGAUGCUCCAGGAAUGGGAUCAGUUCGCCUUUGACCCCGAGGCAUGCUUCUGUCACCGUGACGGACGAUUCGCUGUGCCGAAGGCUGAAGUCGAGCAUCACCUUCCGGGAGUUGCCACACAUGUGAUAUGGCCCAUCCGAGCAAAGCCGAUUGUCAGCCGACGAGAUCUUGCUAUGAUGCUUCUUAGUCAAUGCAAGCGAUUGGAGAUUUCUGUGACAUAUGGUGUAGACAUCACCCGUUACUCGGAAGAUGGAGAGGGUAGUGCCACCGCCCACGCCGAAGAUGGCCGCAGCUUCACCGGGGAUGUUGUGAUAGCGGCAGACGGCAUCGGCUCCAAGAGCUGCAGUGUGACCUUGGGCAAGCCGGUUCGCGCAGACGAUGGCACGGCUGUGGAAUCCUGGUCAUCGACCGUAACCCCUGCACAGACGGCAGAUGUGAUGCCCGACAAGGAGGGCUGGGAUCCAGUUCUCAUGGAGGCGAUUCACAGCACCCCACCCAAUACUGUUGUGCGGUGGAAGCUAUGUUGCCGUAACACCCAACCAAAAUGGCACUCCGAGGGUGGCCAUAUCAUUCAGCUCGGUGAUGCGGCCCACAGCUUCAUCCCAUCAUCUGGAAACGGGGCAUCUAUGGCUCUUGAGGACGCCAUGCCGCUUCCCGAGUGCCUAAGACUGGGAGGCAAAGAUCACAUACCUCUUGCCGUUCGAGCUCACCAGCUUCUCAGAUAUGAGCGUACUUCGCUUCUGCAACACAAUGGUUUCGUCAACAGGCGUCAGGUCCACCGCGACAUGAACGAGAUUCUAAAGGAUGAAAGGCAGCCCAUGCUCCUCGGAAAAUGGGUCUGGACUCACCAUGCCGAAAAGUAUGCCACAGAGAAUUUUGUAGAGGCGUGUACGGCAAUCAGACUUGAUAAACCAUUCAAGAACACCAAUUUGCCUGUGGGCCAUGAGAUCCAACCUUGGAGUAUCGAAGAAGAGGAAGAAAAGGAGAAGUCUGGUAUCUUCAAUGAGGAUCUGAAGAAUACCGGUGACUGGGGAUUGGCGUGA